CCGGUCCGUGCAACAUCAAAUUCCACAGCCUCAUCGCAAGUGUUUCUUCAACACGGAAGACCAAAAAGACAAUCACAGCCAUAAUGCUUCGUCCAGCAACCAGACCAGCCCUUGCGGCCACCAGACAAGUCCGGCAAUGCGCCGCGCGCUUCCUUUCCUCCCCGGCCUCGCCUGACACCAGCUCUUCGCACGUCAACAACCCCUCCACAACCCCCAAGACCAACCCAUCAUCACCACCACCAAACUCCAAGUCGACAACUUCUUCCAAGGGUAAAAAACCCCUCACUGCCGAGCAGCGCGCCUUCCUCUCGUCCGCCCUCCGCGUCAACCAAGCCGGCGAGCUAGCCGCCACCCUCAUCUACACGGGGCAGACCCCGCCCCUCGUUACCCGGGACCCCUCGCUGCGUCCGCUCAUGAAGCACAUGUACGACCAAGAGGCGGCGCAUCUGCGCACCUUCAACGACCUGAUCUACCGGCACCGCGUGCGGCCCACGGCGCUGUACCCUCUCUGGUCUGUCAUGGCCUCGGGAUUGGGCUGGGGCACCGCCAUGCUGGGCAAGGAGGCUGCCAUGGCGUGCACCGAGGCGGUGGAGACGGAGAUUGGCGGGCAUUAUAAUGCGCAGAUCCGCCAGCUGUUGGAGAUGGUCAGCGAGUGGGAGGCUGAGGGGUACGAGGUUGGAGGAGAGUUUAGGGAUCUGCUUAACACGUUGAAGAGGAUACGGGAUGAGGAGCUGGAGCACCUGGAUCAUGCUGUUGAACAUGAUGCCCAGAAGGCGCAGCCGCAUUGGUUGUUGACGGGAGUGAUCAGGGCGGGGUGCAGAGGUGCCAUUUGGGUCAGUGAGAGGGUGUAAGGAUGGGUUUUGUUUUCAGAGUUGGAUGUCAAGGGGAAAAGUUAAUCUAUGGGGAGUAUUGUGUCAGGCUUAUGGUGGAAAAAGCCUUCAUUAAGAGCAUCUGCAUCGUGCUCAGUGAAGUACGGAUUAUAGACAAGACCGUAUGUACUAUUAACUUAUUGUUAGGGCGGGCGUUGAACAAAAACACCAAAAGUCCAAUUUCGACCAUUGCCCUCAAU